AUGGAAAAUCCUUGUCCAUCUCGUUCGUCUUUGUUCGAUUCCUUCGGGAAUUUGGUUGAUAAGGUUAAACAAAUUGGUACUCUCGCUGUUUCCGCGAUCAUUGGGAACAUUUUCUCGGCGAUCUUGACCUUUUGCUUCGCAUUAGUGGGGACGUUGUUGGGUGCUAUGACAGGAGCUUUGAUAGGUCAAGAGACAGAAAGUGGUUUCAUUCGAGGUGCUGCUGUUGGUGCUAUAUCAGGAGCUGUUUUUUCGAUUGAAGUGUUUGAAUCAUCUCUUGUUCUUUGGCAUUCUGAUGAAUCUGGGAUUGGUUGUCUUUUAUAUUUGAUUGAUGUUAUUGCUAGUUUGUUGAGUGGAAGACUCGUGCGUGAGAGGAUUGGUCCUGCAAUGUUGAGUGCUGUUCAGAGUCAGAUGGGUGCUGGGUUAUCCGGAGAUUCCGUUGCGAAAAUCCCAAAAAUCAAAAUCACCGCCGACAAUGUCGAUGCAUCAGGGGAGAAAGUUUCUUGUUCAGUUUGUCUCCAGGACUUUCAGCUCGGCGAGACUGUUAGAAGUUUACCUCAUUGUCAUCACAUGUUUCAUCUACCUUGCAUAGAUAUGUGGCUCUUGAGGCAUGGUUCUUGCCCAUUAUGCAGAAGGGAUCUGUAA